AAGACUUUAUCCUAUUUUAAAUUUAAAAUUUAACCGGAAUAUAUUCAGUGCUGAAUUAUUCUGAUUAUAGACGUGUACCGAGAUGCAAUUCGAAAAUCCCGCCUCUUACAUAGAUAUAUAUACGAGUGAACAACUCUAAUGUGCUGUGUUGGAUACAUUUGGUGUUCGUCAGAUUAUCAGAUGAGACAAGGACAGAUUUUUUACAUUAGAUGCUUCAUUGAUAUUUAUUGUCUUAAAAAUUCAAGUCAGCUGUUAUAGAGAACAGAAACAAAUCCGUGAUCAAAUUAUCACCUGAGUUUUGUACUGGAUGCUUCUUGGACAAAAUAGCAAGAGUUUGCAGUUUGUACCAUUUUCAUAUAUUGAUGAAGAUUACAGUUGAUGGAAAUACAAGACUCACAUCUGUUACGAAUGAAGUAUAAAGAGGAAUAUAAAGAAAAGAUAUUGUGUCAUAACAACAAAAAUUACUGUGUAACAUGAUUGUUGCUCUUGGGUAGCAAUUAUUUCCUAUACACUCACCCCUAGAAAGUUUGAAAAAUGACUAAUAUUUCCUUCAGACUUUGAUUUUGUUACAUUUGUUGAAACCCCAAAGAAUUUCUCUUAAGACCUGGCUAUGAUGCUCCCCCCCCCCCCACUACUGCUCAUCAUCAGAGAUGCACAUAUUAUCAGCUGCUAAUGGGACAUGCUCAAGUGGCUAUGGUCAAGCAAAUCUGUGGUAUUGAGCAGAAUAUUUGCUAUAAUGAUAUUUCUGCUUCAGCAGCUCAGAGCUGAAUCUGUCUGAAAUGUAAUGGAAAAAUAGGUCAGUUUCAAAACAUUGAUAUCCAGGUGGCAAAAGCAAAGUUUGAAGGGAAUAGUAGAGAUUUUCUUUGAUUUCUAGAUAGAAACAAACAGGAAAUAACAUUUACUGACCAAAAACAACAACAAAAUCUUGUUACACAGUGUUAUUGAAAAUGAAUUGUGAAAACCAUGUUAAAUGUAUACCACAAACUGGCAUGAUUAAUUUUCAUGAUGAUAUGCUGAAAGAGAUAGAAAAACCAUAUCAGUGUGAUAUCUGUGAUAAAUCAUUCUCUCAAAAAGGUAAUCUAACUAAACACAAACACAUUCAUUCAGAUGAGAAACCAUACCACUGCGAUGUUUGUGGUAAAUUAUUUUCUAGAAGUAGUAGCUUGCUUAGACAUAGACGUAUUCAUACAGGAGAGAAACCAUAUCACUGUGACGUUUGUGGUAAAUCAUUUUCUGAAAGGAGCUACUUAACUAAACAUAUACAUAUUCACACAGGACAGAAACCAUAUCACUGCAAUAUCUGUGGUAAAUCAUUCUCUCAAACAGGCCAGUUAAGUACUCACAGACACAUUCAUUCAGAUGAGAAACCAUUCCACUGUGAUGUUUGUGGUAAAUUAUUUUCUUCAAGUACUGGCUUGCUUAGACACAAACGUAUUCAUACAGGAGAGAAACCAUAUCACUGUGGUGUCUGUGGUAAAUCAUUCUCUGUAAGUUGUCAUUUAACUACUCACACACGUAUUCAUACAGGAGAAAGACCAUACCAUUGUGAUAUCUGUGGUAUCUCAUUCUCUCAAACAGCUCACUUAACUACACACAAACACAUUCAUACAGGAGAGAAACCAUAUGACUGCGAUAUUUGUGGUAAAUCAUUCUCUCAGAGAGGUCACUUAACCAUUCACAAAUAUAUUCACACAGGAGAGAAACCACAUCACUGCGAUAUCUGUGGUAAAUCAUUCUCUCAAAAUAGUGAUGUAACUAAACACAAACGCAGCCACACAAGAAGAAAGCAAUGCCAUUCUGAAAAGUACCAAGAUGAAGAACAAACAUUGCUCUGAAGAAAAAAGUUGUAUCAAUAAUUUCUGUGAUGAAGUAUCCUCUCGGUAACAAUCUUUCACCCUUCUGUUCCCACAUUUCUUUUGAAAUUGCCAUUGUUUUAACCCUUUCGUUACCAGCCUGGCUGAAACCGACUCUGUAGUAGAAAUGUCUUGUUUUCAUAAAUUUUGAAUUAAAAUCUUCCACCAAACCUUA